GUGAUAUGUCCCCUUGGCCGUUGAAAGCAGCACGGGUCUCUUCGUGGGAACUAUUCGGCCCGCCGAGCAUUCUUUGGCCGCUCGCCCCUCCCGUCCUCUUGGCCUCGUCGCUCGAGGCUGGCGAUCCCCUUGAUGCAGCGGAUAUGCUUGCCCUGUGAUUUGUCUGCAGUCCCGCUGUGCUCUGCGCUUCGUCCUGGUCGGGUGCAGCUUCGUCCGGGGAUGAGUUCCUCGAGUCUGUGCCCGGAAUGUUGGAUGAGAGCCGGCUUCUGGUCUUGGACAACAAAUUCAAACGAUGCUCACAGGCGGGCCCACCCCGUUGAUCCGCACCACACAUCAGAGCCAACUUCCACAAUCAUACAGCCGAAUCAGGCUGUGUGGCCACAGCCUCCUCCUCUCCCUCACACUCUCACUUCCUCUGGUCUGCCAGUGCCUGAGCCGCAAUCAGCCGGGCUUCUUUCCUUCGCCAACAGACUGCCUCCGAAUCAGAGCAGCCUCGGUCGAACUGGACGGUGCAGGGCGUCCGACCCAGUUUUCCAAGAGCCCUGCUUCCACCCACCGCCGCAAUCGAUGCCGGACAAUCGGUGAAAUACGGCUCAUCUGCGCGAUGUCGUGCGAUCCAAUACACUUUCAAAGGCAGU